AUGUCCAAGUACAAAUGUCCACAUGAUUAUUAUUCUCUUGAAAGUUUAAAAAAAUAUGGUUAUCGUGUGUAUUAUGAUGAAUUGGUUAACCCUAACCUUUUUCCAAAAAUGCUUAAUGGUUAUUGCAACGAAGAAUGUAAAACAAAAAUGAAAGAGAUUUAUAAAAUAGUAAUGGAGCAAUUUUUAACUUCAACACAAAGAUAUUUUGAAGAUGCUAGAAUCUUUGAAUAUGCUAAACAAACAAAAGAAAGUGACCUAAUUUUUUAUGAAAUUUUUUUCGAAUUAAAAGAAAGAAGAAAGGACCCAAUCGAUGGAAUAUACAAAACUUUUGAUGCAAAAGAAAUAAAAGUAGACCCAAUCAAUAUGCAAAACAAACUUGUGUUAAUUAAUUUCAAAGUUGGAAUUCUUAAUGGAAAGCCAGUAAGAUUAUGUGAUCUUCCAGAGGGAACAAAAUGUGAUUAUGAUGCUGACCAUUUACCAGAUAACUGCACUCGUUAG